CGAUAACAAUCCUACGAUUCAUCCUUUCUGGAUAAAUACGCGAUUGUUUAGUGAAAGCACGUCAGCUGCGGUGACGAUUUUCCGAAAAAAAAGAACGUUCGAUUUUCUCCGGGCUUUUACUUUAUUCCAUAUAUUCGUUUAGAUAGAAACUGAAACUUGUGAUUAACUUCUGACCGGAGGACUUUUAUAUGUGAUAUCCACGGGAUUUUAAGAAAUUGCGUGUUCGAUUAAAAUCCAAAAUGUUAUAACGUAUAAUGAUUUUUUCGCAUUUGGUAUUGCGAGUACAAAAUAUGGAACGCAAUGGCAAAAAAGGUAAUACCCUUUUCAUUGAAACUGAACGAGCGUCCAAAUCGACUGGUAAUUCCAGAAGGCACAGCAACGACAGCACGUGCAGCUUGAACGUACCGCUGAGCUUACAAUUCGAUCGCGCCUCCACGCCCCACAUCAACGAACUCACCUUGCCCAAACCACAGGAGAAGACCAGAUCCCAGUCGUUGUUCAACAUCAGCAAAUACCAGAAAUCCCAAUCAAUGAUCGAUAACGAUGCUCAUUUGAACGGCAUCGAGGAAAGCCCGAGAGAGAGAAGCUACCGGAGGGGAUCCUUGCCAGUCGAUCAAUUACAGUCGAUAACGAGCAGUACUGUAAGUGUUAAGGAUGCAUUCGGUCCUCAACUUAAUGAUGAUAGUCAGGUGAACCUGCCUGGUACUCCACUGCCUUCUCUAGUACAAGAUAGCGAUGAAUAUCCAGACCCCACACCACCGCUAACUCCCGUAGCUAAAGAACAGGUUUUAGAUCCGGAGAGUCUCUACUUUCGAGAUGGACGAAGGAAGAUCGAUAUGGUCCUCGUGUACGAGGAAGAAGAACUGGGCGUAAUGACGGAAGCCGAAGCGAAAAGAAGAGACAGAAGGAAAACGUUUCAGGAGAACUUGAUGAAGGAAGGCUUGGAAUUGGAAUUGGAACACAAAAAUCUGUCGUUCGAUUGCAAAACGUGGUUCCUGAAGGUGCAUCUGCCGUGGAAAACGAAAACCAGAUAUUCCGCUUUGAUGGGCAUGAAGUUGCCCAUCAAGAGAUUCAUUACCAUAUCCGUUAAAGCGUGGGACGAUAAAAAAGAGUCCGGCAAGGUCGAAACGAUUUAUUCGAAAUGGAUGAAAAAAUGGAAGGAAUUCUUCGAGUUCAAUCACGAUUUAAUUAAUAAAGAACCCUCUUUUUAUGACGCAACUGAAGGGGGAGACAGAGAAGAGCAAUUUGUUGUUAAAGACAGGGUAACAGAAUAUUCCAGCGCCCAACGAAGUCUGGUAGUCAUGCAAAUCCUGCUAAGAGUAAAAUUCGAUGACACUGACAAAGUGGGAAUUCGACGACUCCUGAACGAUUCCACUUACUAUGCAUGUUUUCCGUUACACGAAGGCAGAUGGGACAGAGAUACGAGCGAUGGUAAAAUUUUGGAUCGAAGACUCUUAUAUUUGGAAUGGGCUAGACCGGCGAAAUGGAUGAAACGGCAACCGUUGAAUUUAGUCAGGAAAUAUUUCGGAGACAAAAUUGGUUUAUAUUUCUGCUGGCUGGGUUACUACACUAAAAUGUUGUACGCCCCUGCUCUUGUAGGGACAUUGUGUUUUUUAUAUGGACUCUUCACCAUAGACAGUGAUGAUAAUAUACCAACUAAAGAAAUAUGCGACCCGAUGGGUCCAGGCAACAUAACUUUGUGUCCUAUGUGCGAUAAAGUUUGUAAAUAUCAGAAACUAAUUGAAAGCUGUAAAUUCGCUAGACUAACGUAUCUCUUCGAUAACCCAGCGACCGUCUUCUUCGCUAUUUUCAUGAGUUUAUGGGCUACCGUUUUUUUGGAAAUGUGGAGGCGUAAACAGAGCGUUAUACAAUGGGAAUGGGACUUACAGGCGACGGAACAAGACGAGGAACCCAGACCAGAAUUCGAAACGAGCGUAAAAACAUUUAGAACGAACCCCGUAACAAGAGACAAAGAACCGUAUUUACCUACUUGGACUAAAGCGGGGCGAUUGGCUGUGACAGGUUCCGCUGUAUUUUUUAUGUUGGUCGUGGUGUUGUGCGUAGUAUUAGGAACAAUAAUUUAUAGACUGUCCCUCGUAUCGGUGAUAUAUUCGAGCAAGAAUUUGUUCAUGAAGAAGCAUGCCAAAAUCGUAACUUCUGUCUCAGCUGCCGUUAUUAACUUGAUCAUGAUAAUGUUUCUUACCAGGUUCUAUCAUAGACUGGCGAUAUAUUUAACGAACUUAGAAAGCCCGAGAACUCAAACUGAAUACGAAAAUUCGUAUACGUUUAAGAUAUUUUUUUUCGAAUUUAUGAACUUUUAUUCGUCGUUGAUAUACAUCGCAUUUUUCAAGGGUAGAUUUUACGAUUAUCCUGGAGACGCGUACUCCAGACAAUCGGAAUUUCUGCGCGUCAAACUCGAUAUCUGCGAUCCGGCCGGUUGUCUCAGCGAAUUGUGCAUUCAAUUAGCCAUUAUAAUGAUAGGAAAGCAGAUUUUUAAUAAUUUCGUCGAAUUGUUCAAUCCGGCGUUUUACAAUUGGUGGAGAAUGAGAACACACAAGUCAGUUACCAAAGACUUGACCAGGCAACACACCAGAUGGGAAGAAGAUUACCAUCUUCAAGAUCCAGGCAGAUUAGCAUUGUUUGACGAAUAUUUAGAAAUGAUUCUUCAAUACGGUUUCGUUACUUUAUUUGUAGCGGCAUUCCCGUUAGCUCCAUUGUGUGCCUUAUUGAAUAAUAUAGCGGAGAUCAGGCUGGACGCGUACAAAAUGGUCACGCAAGCUAGGAGACCGCUGGCGGAAAGAGUCGAAGACAUCGGAGCUUGGUAUGGUAUAUUGAGGGCCAUAACUUAUGCAGCUGUCGUGUCAAACGGAUUCGUCAUAGCUUAUACAAGUGAUUUUAUACCGAGAAUGGUUUAUCAAUAUAAAUAUUCUGAAUCGUUCAAUUUGACUGGUUAUAUAGACGCUUCGUUAUCAGUGUUUAAUACUUCGCAUUAUACAGACGAAAUGAGGGUUGUUGAUGAACCGAAUCCACCCCUCAGCUGCCAGUACAGAGGUUACAGAAACGGUCCAGACGAACAAGACCCUUACGGAUUGAGUCCCCAAUAUUGGCACGUUUUCGCUGCCAGACUGGCAUUCGUCGUGGUAUUCGAGCAUGUUGUUUUCGCUCUGGUGGGUCUGAUGCAGUACUGCAUUCCGGAUAUCCCGUCAGAGUUGAAGACCCAGAUUCAAAGAGAAACGCUUUUGGCCAAAGAGGCGAAAUACGAACACGGAUUGAAGAAGAGCGAGUACGACUAUGAGGAAUUAAUGCAAGCCUUCAGAGACAAUAAUAACGCUUCUAGGAACGAAAAUAGAGCUGGUAUGAGAGGUUCUUGGGCUAGAAGGCUGAGUCGCUUGUCUGAUGGUUUAGACGCUCACGUUGAGGUGGCGUCUAGAAAAAGAAACUCGCAUGAAAACACAGUGUGGGAAGCCUCCUAUUGAUAAAAAAAAUUACCAGUAAUCUUUAAAUUAAAUUAAACUAAAUUAAAUAUUAAUUGUUUUUUACUGUGUUUAAUAAAUAUGUACUGUUUUAGGUGCCUUAAUUAAAAAAAACACUUUCCUUUCCGCGAACUUAAGUUGUACUCUAGGCGUUAAAACAAAUCAAACACAAAACGUUAAAUUAACUACUAAAAACAAAAAAAACCCAGCAGGUAAUUGAGCGUCUCAAGCUCAUUGCUUGGGCGGAAUUUUCAGAAUGUCGCACAGCGUUUCGUAAACUUUGCCGAACACUUUGGAGUAGCCGCUGUUGGUGAGGUGGAGGUAAUCGUGCAUGAGGUGGUGCGAUAUGGUCCUGUCGUUGCCCACGAUGUGAUCGUCGAUGGCCACUACGUGGACGUUCGAAGUGAUUUCGUCGGCGUUCGCCUCGUUGCAGAACUUGUCCAGCAGGAACGUGUUGACGUGAUCGUUGCGCUCCCUGUAAGGGUUGGGAUGGUGGCCGCGCGGC